CCAAUUAGAAAUUCUUUACUCGCAUAAAAAUAGAUUUUGAAACAGAUUCUUCAAUUUCUUGUGAGCUUCUUCAGUAAGGCAGCCAUAACCACAAGGUCCACAACAAUGGAGGCAAUUCCCCGCUUCUCCAACCGCCUCCUUUCUCUCUCCUCCAUCAACCCCAACACUAAAUCCCUCAUCACUCCUUUUCUCCGCCUCCAAUUAUCACAAAUUCCCACAUUUAACCAAUUACCCAUUUCCCCAAACCCGCUUAAAACCACCCGUUUUUUCCUCAGCACAAAAACCCUCAACCCUUCUUCUCCACCCUCCACAUCAAUAACCCGGGCAGGUUGGUUACUGGGUCUUGGUAACAAUAAGCGGCAGAAGCAGUUGCCCGACUUGGUUAAAGCGGGUGACCCGGUUCUCCAUGAAGCUGCCCGAGAAGUUGACCCUAAAGAUAUCGGGUCGGAAAAGAUCCAAAAGAUAAUUGAUGAUAUGAUUGGGGUUAUGAGGAUGGCCCCUGGAGUUGGACUUGCUGCUCCCCAGAUUGGUAUCCCUUUAAAGAUUAUUGUGUUGGAAGAUACAAAAGAGUUCAUCAGUUAUGCGCCAAAAGAGGAAAUCAAAGCACAAGAUAGACGCCCUUUUGAUCUUCUGGUUAUCGUGAAUCCAGUAUUGAAAAAGAAGAGCAACAAAACGGCGCUUUUCUUUGAAGGCUGCCUGAGUGUUGAUGGAUAUAGAGCGGUUGUGGAGAGAAGCCUUGAUGUCGAAGUCAAAGGAUUGGAUCGAUAUGGGCAGCCCGUAAAAGUGGACGCUUCAGGAUGGCAGGCCCGUAUUCUUCAGCACGAGUGUGACCAUUUGGAGGGUACUCUUUAUGUGGACAGGAUGGCACCAAAGACAUUCAGAACUGUUGAAAACUUAGAUUUACCUCUUGCAGUUGGCUGUCCGAAGCUUGGGGCACGCUAGUUUUCAUCUUGAAAGAUUAGCCUAGCCAAAUGGAGGAUUUUAUCACCAAGAAUUUUGGUGAAAUUAGGUUCAGAAUUUUCUAGGGGAACCAAUACUCAUGUUGAUUAUUUUCAUAUUGAUUACGAGUACAUGUUACAUUUUAUAUUUA